AUGAAUAGUUCAAUUAAUAUUUCAAAAUGCUCAAUACACAAUGAAAGCAGUAUAAUAUUCGAUACAGAUUAACAAUGUCCAGAGAAGAAAAUUUAUUGCAUAAAAUGCUUGGCUUAGAACUAUUAAAACCUCAUUCCAGUUGAGAACAUUUUAGAUUUCAAAAGGGAACUUAUAUAAAUGCUCAUUCAAGAAUAAAAGAACAAGAACGAAAAUAAUAUAGAGAAACUUGUUGAAAUUAUAAAAACAUAAAGUGACACAAAGAAUAAUACUAUAGCAAUAGUGGACAAAAAUAUAUUAAAUUUGAAUGAACAAAUUGAAGCUAUUCAUAGAGAAUCUACGCUCCUUUCUGAUCUAAAUGUUGAUAUUUAAGACGAAGAAUCCCUUCAAAAAUUGUUCUAUUAAGUUUAACAACAAUCCUAAAGAGCACUUUAAAUUAAAGAAUUGCUUAAUCAACAAUUACACAAUUUAAAAUAUUUCGAAUAAGCCUAAGACUAUAUUAGUUAAAAAAUGACUGAAAUUUAGUUUGAAAAUUCUCAAUAAGUGAAAGAAAUGAAUUAGAACUUUUAAUAAUUGUUGAAUAGAAAAUAAAAGAAUUAAAGUGUGAAAUGUUAAAAGCAUACUCAAGAAGGAUUGAUGAUUGAUUUGAAUGAAAGUAGUGUCAUAUUAGGUAGAUUUGCUUGUUAGGAUUGUAUAUAGGAUCAGAAGAUAUCUUUUACUAAACUAGAAGAAUUUAAUAUAUAAUGCAAAAAACAUUUAGAAGCCAAAAAAAUAGAAUUAACUAAAUUUGAGUGUUUUACUUAAAAAACAAACUUAGCAAUUGAAAAACUAAAUGACCAUAUUGCGAGAAUUCAUUAACAUUUAUCUAAUGCACUCUCAGAACUGAAAGGCUUGAGCGAUGCACAUUUAGAUGAACUCUCUAGAGAAUAGAGUAGGAAUACGAAGGAUUUAAAAGAUCUAUCUUAAAGUGAACUUACAGAGCUGGCCGAAGAAAUAAGCAAUAAGUAGUAUCUGAAUGAAUAUAAAAAAAAGAUAUAAUAAUAAAAUGAAACAAAAGUGAGGAAAUUUUAAGAAGCUUUAAAUUCGGCAUAUAAUGAUUAACUUAAAUUAUUUCUUGACUUUUACUAAGAAAUUUAUAACAUUUAAAUGUGUAAUAAGAAUUAGAAUAUUGAGAGGAUUCGAUAGAGUGAUAGGCUCAAAAUAUGUUCAUGUACUAUACAAUUGUAAUUGUACAACAAUAAAAACACCUAGAGUAAAAUACUUUAAUAAAGUAAGAAUAUAUCAUAAUAAAUUGCGAAUCAAUAAAUAAGCACUAUUAAAUAAGAAAAGUGGUGUUUUACUAUUUCUUUUUAUCGUGAUGGUUCUUAGAUGGUAGUCAGUUCUAAUGAAUAAAUUAAGGUGUUUAAAAAUUAGAAUGGAUAAUUUUCAUUGACUCAAACUAUAUCUCAAGGCCAUACAGAAAAUGUUUAAUGUUUGAAGUUUAUGAAUCGUUCGUAAAGAUUCAUAUCUGGCGGAAAAGAUAAAUUGAUAAUAGUAUGGUCUUUAAAUGAUAAAUAAUAAUAUUUCUGUGAAUAAAAAUUAAUUGGUCACUGUUAUGGAGUGACUUGUUUGGAUUUUAAUAAAGACGAAAACCUUCUCAUCUCAGGUAGUACGGAUGAUAAAGUCAGAUUUUGGACUCUAAAAAAUGAAUGGGAGAUGUCUGAGACCUUUAUUCAACACGAGGAUUAAGUGCAAGCAUUGAGUUUAUCAGAAAAUUAAUAAUUGUUGUUGUCGUGUUCUAAAGAAACUAUUCUAGUGCAUCAAAUAAUAGAUCGCGAGAAUCUCAAAUGUGAACAAAUAUAAAAAAUCUCUUCAUAGUUUCCUAUCUAUAGGAUCAGCCUUAUUAAUAAUAGGAUUUUUGUUUUUCAAUCUUCUAAGUCAACACUGUAGAUUUAUCUACAAGAGAAAAAUUCAUAAAUCUUUACUCCAAAAGAUCAAAUCUAAAUAACAAAUACAGAAAACUGUUAUUUAUAUUCUCCAACAAUAUAUUUAAGUGAUUAAGGGCUACUAAUGUUUAAAUCUGGCCAAAACAUUUAUCUACUAAAAAGAACAAAUGACCACCAUUUUACUAUUUAAGAAAAGAUAUAAUAUCAGGGAAUUGAGACAGUUGCUGCAAUCAGUCCUGAUGGUUAAUAUUUGAGUGCUUGGAAUAAAGAAUUAAAAGAAAUUUAAAUUAGAAAGCUAGUAUGAACGAUAUCAAAAUGUCUUAUGAUUCAAUUAGAUUUUAAUAUAUUUAGUUUUAUUAAUGAUCAUUUUGC